GCCCAACUCCUCCAGUACAUACAGAUACAGGGGCAAGAGCAGAGGGAGCAACACAGACGCCACCAGCUCUGCUCUUCUCUUCUCUUCUCUGCCUCUUGAAACAGAGAAGAGCAUCCAAGAGGAGAGUGACAGAGAGGAGGAGGAGAGGAAGAAGAAGAUGGCGUUCCUCCUUGUGCUGGUCGGCGUCGUGGUCGGCGUGGUGCUGGCUAGCAGCCUGCUGCUGCGGUGGAACGAGGUGAGGUACGGCAACGGCAGGAGGAAGCAUGGCGAUGGCUGCCUGCCGCCGGGGACAAUGGGGUGGCCGCUCUUUGGCGAGACCACCGAGUUCCUCAAGCAAGGCCCCUCCUUCAUGAAGCAGAGGAGGCUCAGGUACGGGCGGCUGUUCAGAACCCACAUCCUGGGCUGCCCCACGGUGGUGUGCAUGGACCCGGAGCUCAACCGGCGCAUGCUGCUGCUGCAGGGCGGUCUCGUCCCCGGCUAUCCGCAGUCCAUGCUCGACAUCCUCGGCCGCAACAACAUCGCCGCCGUCCACGGCCCGCUCCACCGCGUCAUGCGCGGCGCCAUGCUCGGCCUCGUCUGCCCCACCAUGCUCCGGCAAAGCCUCCUCCCCAAGAUCGACGCCUUCAUGCGCGAUCACCUCCAUGGAUGGGCCGGCAACAUCGUCGACGUCCAGGCCAAGACCAAGGAGAUGGCCUUGCUGUCUGCACUCAGGCAGAUCGCCGGCAUCACCGCCGGCCCGCUCUCCGACGCCCUCAAGACGGAGCUAUACACCCUUGUGCUCGGCACCAUCUCCUUGCCCAUCAACCUUCCGGGGACCAGCUACCACCAGGGCUUCCAGGCAAGGACGAAGCUUGUGUCCAUGCUAGAGCAGAUGAUCGCGCAGCGGCGGUCGUCUGCUCAAGCCCACGAUGACAUGUUGGAUGCUCUCUUGAGAAGCGGCGAUGACGGGACCAGGGAAAAGCUUAGCGACGAGCAGAUCAUUGACUUGCUCAUCGCCCUCAUCUACUCUGGGUACGAGACAAUGUCGACGACUUCGAUGAUGGCCGUCAAGUACCUAUCAGACCAUCCGCGGGCCCUCGAGGAACUAAGGAGAGAGCAUCUUGAUAUCAGAAAGGGGAAAUCUCCAGAGGAAGCCAUCAGCUACCAAGAUUUUAAAUCCAUGUCCUUCACCCGAGCUAUCAUCUUUGAAACUCUCAGGUUAGCUACAGUCGUUAAUGGACUGCUCAGGAAAACUACUCGGGAUGUAGAAAUGAAUGGGUAUGUCAUUCCAAAAGGCUGGAGAAUCUAUGUUUACACGAGGGAGAUAAACUAUGAUCCGUUCAUGUAUCCUGACCCAAUGACCUUCAAUCCAUGGAGAUGGCUGGAGAAGAACAUGGAAUCACACCCGCACUUCAUGUUGUUCGGAGGAGGCAGCCGGAUGUGCCCUGGAAAGGAAGUGGGCAUGGCGGAGAUCGCGACAUUCCUCCACCGUUUCGUGACCCGAUACAGAUGGGAGGAAGAAGGCAAGAACACGAUCUUGAAAUUCCCCCGGGUGGAAGCUCCCAACGGGCUGCACAUCCGAGUUCAGGAUUACUGAUUUCUUGCAGCGUACAUUUUGCAGAGUUUAGAUAGAUAGGAACGAUGAGAGCGAUGAAAAUUCUAGAUCAGCCUUGUAAGAAAUAGCAAACAUAAGCACAUAGGGAUAGAAUGCAGAGGCCGGGGGCUCGUUUCCUCCUUUUCAAAAAAAAGCACAUAGGGAUAGAAGUAGGUAUACAGCUCUGCUAGGUAAUUGACGCGGAAGAAAAGCCACGAGAUGCAACUGAUGUUCUUCCAUGUGAUGAGUGAAUUCUUGAACCCAGAUAGGGGCGUCAUCUCGCUGCCUUGUAUGCUCUCGGGCGUGAUUCAGGCACCAACUGCCUGUUUUCAGAUACAAGAAAAUGUACAAAGAAGAAUUUAUGCAUGACAAUGAAUGAAGAAGUAACAGUCUCGGAUGGAAUCUGAGAUUGACAAUGCAUGUU